AUGCCCUCGAAAAAGAAAAAAACCACAAGGACAGAGGAAACCGAAGAGGCGGAUGAUGAUGUGGAUGAGCCUCGGUCGAAACCCAAGCGCAGGAGCAAAUCAGUUGCCAAAGAGAAGAAGAAGAGGAACUCCAGAGAGGAAGACUCUGAAUCGGAGACACAAGAAUACAACGAGAAAGGAAGCAGAAAAAAGGAGGAUACUGACAGGAAGCUAAAGGAGAAGAAGAAGAAGAAGAAGAAAGACUCGGGAGAAGACUCAGAGCCAGAGACCCCUGAACCCAAGAAAAAAAGAAAAGGGGAUGCCAAUGGGAAGCUAAAGGGAAAAAAUAAGAAAAACUCAGAAGAGGAGGAAGGAGAGUAUGAUGAGGUGUCUAGUGAAGACUCAGAUAGCCAGAAACAGCGCAACAGAAAUGACUCCAAGACUAGGCACAAGAAGGAGAGAGAUGAGGAUGAUGAAGAAGUGAACCAGAUCACCAAAAAGAUCAGGAAGAAAAAGUCAUCUACUGAGAGAAACCAGGAGGACAUCAUGGCCAAAGACAAGAAGGGCAAAAAGUCCAAGAAGGAGUCGGAUGAGGAGGAGGUCCCGGAGGAAGAGGAGGAGGACAGCGACAAAAAGAAAAAGGGAAAGAAGGGUAAAAAAGACAGCGAAGAGGACAACAAGAAAGGUAAAGGCAAGAAGUCCAAAACAAAGCAAGAGAACUACGUAGAAAUCUAUGAGAACGAGCUGAAGAAUUAUGUGGAAACGACAGAGGGAUAUGAGGAUGAGUACCACAAGAAGAAAGUGUAUGAGGUGGUCACCAUCACUGGAGAUGAAAGAGGGGCAGGUACAGACGCCAAUGUGUUUGUCACUUUCUUUGGAGACUAUGGCAUCACGCCCAAGGUGCACCUGGCCAGCAAAAACAGAACGGCAUUUGAGAAAAAUAAAACUGAUGUUUUCAGAGUCAAAACAAAUAAUGUUGGACCAAUCUAUAAAAUAAGGAUUGGACACGAUAACACAGGGAUGAGUUCCGGAUGGUUCCUGGACCGGGUGGUGGUGACGGACAUGAGCCGGCCCCAUCUGCGCUUCUACUUCUCCUGUAACAACUGGCUGAGCAAAGAAGAAGGCGAUUGCCUUUUCGUGCGUGACCUGCUGGGCACCCUGGACCCCAUGGAUAUGCCAAAAUACAACAAAUACAUUGUGAGCGUCUUCACUCCGGAUGUGAAGGGCAGUGGAACCGAUGCUGAUGUCUUCAUUAAUAUUUUUGGAGAAAAUGGUGAUACAGGGGAGAGGAGGCUGGACAAUGACAAAGACAACUUUGAGCGUGCGUCUGAAGACAAGUUCACCCUUGAGGCUCCAAACUUGGGCAAAAUCAGGAAGAUCACCAUCGGUCACAACAACAAGGGCACUUCUGCAGGCUGGUUUGUGGAAAAGGUGCUGGUAGACGACAUGGGGAACAAGUCUCUGUACGAGUUCCCAGUGAACCGCUGGUUUGCCUUGGACGAGGAUGACGGGAAGAUCCAGAGAGAUAUACUGGUGGGGGGCAGUCAGCCCACAGGCAUUGUGUACAACGUCCAUGUGGUAACUGGCAACCAAAGGGGCGCCGGGACCAACUCCAAGAUUCACAUGCUCAUGCACGGCUCCAAGGGUUUGAAGAACAGCGGGAAGAUCUUCCUGGAGGGCGGCAAGUUCGAGCGGGGCCUCACUGACAUCUUCAAGGUGGAGAUCUCCGCCCUGCUCAGCCCCCUCAGCCGCGUCACCAUCGGCCACGACAACGGCGGCGUGAGCGCCGGGUGGUUCUGCGAGAAGGUGGUGAUAUAUUGCCCCUUCACGGGGAUUGAGCAGACCUUCCUGUGCAGCCGGUGGUUGGACGAGAAAGAGGGGGACGGACUGAUCGAGAGGGAGCUCUACGAGAUGGUCUCCCUGCGUCAGAAGAGGCAGAAGAAGCACCCUUGGUCCCUGUGGAUCUGGACCUCGGAUGUGAAAGGGGCAGGGACAGAUGCCCCCAUCAGCCUGCAGAUUUACGGGGAGAAAGGGAAGUCGGAUGAAAUCGUGCUGAACAACAACUCCGACAACUUUGAACAGGCUCAGUUAGAUAAGUUCAUGAUUGAACUGGCUGAAUUGGGGAAGAUUUUGAAAGUCCGUAUUUGGCAUGAAAAGCGACACCCCUUUGCAGGCUGGCAUUUAGACAAGCUCACUUUAAUGAAGACGUUGACAAAGGAGAAGUACACAUUCCUAUGUGCCCGCUGGUUGGAUAUCAACGAGGAUGACAACGAGAUUAUCCGGGAACUUCCUGCCACAGGGGAACUUAUCGCUUCGCCUCUGCCACUUGUGAAGUUCCGGGUUACGGUCCACACAGCGAACGUCAGCGGCAGCGGCACUGAUGCCACCGUCUUCAUCUGCCUUAUCGGCAGCAAGGGAGACACCGGCGACCGCACCCUGCUCAACUGCAAGAACAACGUCAACAAGUUUGAGAAGGGGAACAUGGACGAGUUCAUGAUUGAGGCCGUUUCCCUGGGGAAGAUUCAGAGAGUGAGGAUUGGUCACGACGGCCAAGGCGGAGGUGCUGGCUGGUACCUGGACAAGGUGGUGGUGAGGGAGGAGGGGAAGACCGAGAACGAGGCUAUCGAGUUCCCAUGUGACAGGUGGCUCGAUGGAAACGAGGAUGAUGGACAAAUAGUUCGAGAGUUAGUGCCAACUGCAGAUGGACAGAGUCUUUACACCACAAGCUACCACAUUUCAGUCAAGACAGGCAACAUCAGUGGUGCCAGUUCUGACUCCAAGGUCUUCGUCAAACUGUAUGGAGACCAGGGAGACUCCAGCAAGAUGAUGCUGGUUGUCUCUGACAACAACCUGAGCAACUACUUUGAGACCGGACGCAUUGAUGUCUUCACCAUUGAUACCUUCGAUAUAGGACAAAUCAAUCGUCUCCUGAUUGGACAUACCAAUGAAGGCCUAAGGGCUGGCUGGUUCCUGGACAGUGUGCAGAUUACGGUUCCCGUCCAUAGAAAGCAGUACAUGUUCCCAAGCCACCGCUGGCUGUGCAAGGAUGAGGCAGAUGGGAAGGUGGAGGUGGAGAUCUACCCCAGUGAGGUUUUGGAAAUUGAAAAAAUGGUGAAUUAUGAGGUCACGGUUGUCACCGGCGAUGUGCGCGCAGCGGGCACCAACGCCAACAUUUUCAUCCAGAUUUACGGGGACCUCGGAAAAACCGAUGUGACCACCCUGAAGAGCCGAUCAAAUAACUUUGAGAGAGGAACCACUGAGAUAUUCAAGAUAGAGGUCAAAGACGUGGGCAAGAUCUUCAAGAUCCGGAUCGGGCACGACGGGGCAGGCCUGGGCAGCGGCUGGUUCCUGGAGUCGGUCUGCAUCAAGCACUUGAUCAUGGGCAUGCGCUGGCUGGCCCGAGAUGAGGAGGACAGCGAGCUGGUGGUGGAGCUUCUCCCUGAGGACAACGAAGAGCUGGAAGUAAACACAUAUGAAGUUUACGUCUACACGGGACGAGUGUGGGGAGCUGGAUCCGACGCCAACGUUUAUAUUAAUAUUUAUGGAGAAAACGGAGACACGGGAGAGCGCUGGUUGAGGAAGUCCAACCAGCUCAAUAAGUUUGAAAAUGGACAGGAGGACAUUUUCACCCUCACUGCAGUUGACCUGGGCACAUUGAAGAAGCUGAGAAUUCGGCAUGACAACUCGCAGGCCCAGUCAGCCUGGUUUCUGGAUCGCGUGGAGAUUGUGGAUGGCAAGGAUGACACCAUUUAUUACUUUCCCUGCCAGCGCUGGCUGGCUGUCGAUGAGGACGAUGGCCAGAUCGCCAGGGAGCUGGUCCCAGUGGAUGAGGCCUUCAUGAAGAAAGACGACGACGAGGAGGGCACAAGUGCCACACUGGGGCUGGAGCAGAAGGCCAUGUCACGAACCUAUUCACUCAGAAUUAAGACAGGUGAUAAGAAAUAUUCUGGAACAGAUGCCAAUGUGUUUGCUGUUCUCUUUGGAGAAAAUGAUGACACAGGAAUAAUAAACCUGAGGGCCUGCAAGUCACACAAGAAUAAGUUUGAGCAGGCGAUGAUCGAUGAGUUCACAGUGGAGGCGGUGGACAUUGGUACAUUGAACAAAUUACGCAUCGGACAUGACAACUCAGGGGGAUCCUCUGGCUGGUUUCUGGACUGGGUGGAGAUCGAUGCCCCCUCCAUGGGGGAGAAACUGCGCUUCCCCUGCGGCCGUUGGCUGGACAAGGCGGAGGACGACGGGCUGAUUGUCAGAGACCUGUACCCUGCUGAUCUGCAGACUGAGCUGUAUACCCCAUUUGUACCUUAUGAGAUUACCACGGUUACGAGUGAUAUCUUCGGCGCUGGGACCGACGCGGACGUGUUCAUAGUGCUUUACGGACGGAAGGGAUUCUGCACCCAGCAGAAGUAUCUGUGUGUGAACAAACGGGAGAGGCGUCUGUUUUUCGAGAGAAACUCUGAAGACAAGUUCAUUGUGGAGCUGGCAGAUGUGGGCGAUGUGAUAGAAAAGAUCCGAAUUGGACACGACAACCAGGGCACGAAUCCCGGCUGGCAUCUGGACCGAGUGGAAAUUAGAAGGCUUCUGAGAAAGGGGAAGGGGUCUGAGACCACCAUCUUCCCCUGCGAGCGGUGGCUGGCGAAAUCAGAGGAUGACGGGGAGACGGUGAGGGAGCUGGUGCCGUCCGACAUCAUCCAGGAGAAGCUGCUGAGGGACGGGACCCUGAAGCACACGGAGACGGAGGUCGAGGACGCCCUGGAGACUCACACAUACAAGGUGACUGUAACAACGGGCACUGAGUCAGGGGCCGGCACCGAUGCCAACGUGUUCCUCACCAUCUACGGAAAUAUGGGAGACACGGGGGACCGCAAGCUCAGCAAGUCAGAGACCAACAAAAACAAGUUCGAGAGAGGAGCGGUGGACAAAUUCAGCAUAGAAGCAGUGGACUUGGGCGAGAUCUUCAAGAUCAAGAUUCGCCAUGACAACACCAUGAUCGGGGCCGACUGGUACCUUGAUCAGGUGGAGAUCGUCGACAUGGAAACGGACGAGAUUUACCUGUUCCUGUGUGAGCGCUGGCUCUCCAAAAAGAAGGAGGAUCGACGGAUUGAGAGAAUUUUCUUUGUCAAGGGUUAUGAAGGAGAUAGGAAUAACUUGAGUGCAAAGAAGACAAUGAAGAGUUUAGACAACAACAUGAACAAGAAGAAGAAGAAGAAGGAGGAGGUCAUCGAGGAAGGCCCCACCAUCCCGUACCACAUCACUGUGUCCACGGGGAUGGAGCGGGACGCCGGCACGGCGAGCCGCGUCUACGUCAUCAUCAUCGGGCCCAGCCCGGUGGAGACCGAGCGUCUCUGGCUGGAGCUGCCGGACGGGAAGAAGUGCUUCCGCGCCGGAACCAUGGAGAACUUCCAGUGCUACGGCACCGACGUUGGGGAGAUCAAGAAAGUGGAGCUUGGGCACGACGGGGCCACGCCUGAAAGCUGCUGGCUGGUAGACGAGCUGUCUGUCGCCGCGCCCACCAAAGGGGUGGAGUUUGUCUUCCAGUGCAAGUGCUGGUUGGCCAAAGAUCGCGGCGACGGUCUCACGGCGAGGGUGUUCAACGUGCUGGACGCGGACUGUAUUGGCAUUGCACACAAGAUCAUCUAUGAGGUCACUGUUGCUACGGGUGACGUUCAGAAUGCGGGCACUGACACCAAGAUCUACAUCACGGUCUUUGGAGCCAAUGGGACCACAGAGGAAAUUCUACUGGAGAAAAUGGCGGACAGGUUUGAGAGAGACCAGGAGGACACAUUCAAUUUGGAGAUGGAUGACAUUGCUCCUUUGAAAAAGAUGAGGGUUCGCAUUGAUGGGUCUGGAAGCCGUCCUGAUUGGUUCCUGGACAAGAUGAUCAUGAGGAACAUGACCACAGAAGAGGUGUGCGUGUUCACCUACGAGCAGUGGCUCUCCAAAACGAAAGGGCCCAAAAGGACCAAGAUCUGCGAACUGGCUGCCGUGGUGGACGAGGAGGAGAUGGUGGAGACCACAACGUACACCAUCAACGUGAAGACCAGUGACGUUGGAGCGGCAGGCACAGAUGCCAAUGUGUCCCUCAUCCUGUUUGGAGAAAACGGGGAUACGGGAACCAUGGCGCUGAAAGUGAGCGGCAACACCAACAAGUUCGAGCGCAAGCAGUUGGACGUUUUCCGCUUCCCCGAGAUGCUUAGCCUGGGGGAGCUGUCCAAGCUUCGAGUGUGGCAUGAUAACAAAGGUCUUGCCGCAGGUUGGCACUUGGAGUUCAUCGACGUGAAGGACGAAGCUAUGGACGAGACGUUCCGCUUCCCCUGCGACCGCUGGCUGGCCAAGAACGAGGACGACGGUCAGAUCAUGCGGGAGCUGCCCUGUGCCAACCAUGACUUCCUGGACCUCAAUGAGAAGACGAAAUAUGAAAUUGCCACCACAACAGCCGACACAGCUGAUGCGGAUACAAAAGAGAAUGUGUGGAUUGUGCUGGAAGGGAGGAAGGCACGUUCGAAGGAAUUUGUGAUGGAAAAUUCCUCAAAGAAAAAGAAGUUCCAACGUGGAGCUACAGACACAUUUGAAUUUUCUUGCAAAAAUAUUGGUGAAAUCGCCAGUAUCUGUCUGGGGCAUGCUCCAAAAGAUGGCAAGAAAGUGAAGACUGAAUCAUCCUGGCAUGUGCUGGAGGUGGUUGUUACAGAGCAAGAGUUGGGAAACAAGUUUAUAUUCCGCUGUGACGCGGAGAUCCCUCUUUCGGCCAAGAAGGACGACGCCCUAACCUUCGAGUGCACCAAGUCCCAGGAGAGCUUCGCCAGCAAGGUCCGCAGCCUGGUCCCGGUCAAGUACGAGAUCAUCGUGGUCACGGCGGACCAGAAGGGGGCCGGCACCGACGCCAACGUCUUCAUCACCAUAUACGGCUCCAACGGGGACUCCGGCAAGCGCGCUCUCCAGCAGAAGUUCCGCAACCUGUUCGAGCGCGGCCGCACCGACCGCUUCCUGCUGGAGAUGCUGGACCUGGGCGAGCUGCAGAGGGUGAAGAUGGAGCACGACAACUCCAGCUCCUCCUGCGGCUGGCUGCUGGAGCGGGUGGAGGUCACCAACACGGCCAACGGGGUGACCACCGUCUUCCUGUGCGGGAAGUGGCUGGACACGGAGCGGGCUGACGGACAGGUCCAGAGACUCAUCUACCCCAAAUACUGA